AUGAAGCUUGACGCUUUCCCUCAGUCUAUAUCGCCUCGACUGAAGCGUUCAGCCGCCCAUUCUAAUUUUGAUCUGCGCCAAAUAUUGCUCUCCGUUCCUUCUCAUGAACAUGUACGCAACUGGAGUGCUUAUUAUACGUCGGACACGCAUCUUGCCGGCCAGGGCCUGAAGCAAGCCCAAUGGACUCAAGCCAAGUGGAAGGAGUUUGGUGUCAUAAACACUACCAUUUCUUCUCACGAUACCCAGCUUCCACUGCCGAUAAAUGGGCAGCGGCUCGCUCUCUUAGAGAAUGACCGAGUCCUUUACGAGGCGCCCCUGGUGGACGCCAACGCCUCUGUGGGCUUCGUACCCGCGUACUUUGGCUUUUCAGCCAAUGGCAACAUUUCUGGCUCUUACGUCUUUUGCAACUUCGGCAGCCCGCAAGACUUCAUCGAUCUCGCUCAGCGUAACAUAAGCCUCGCAGGAAAAAUCGCCAUCAUCAAGUUGGGCACUGCAACUCCAUAUGUGCGCGAGAAGAACUUGUCCAUGUUUCGUGCCCUGUCUGUCCAUAACGCUCAAGCGGCGGGUAUGAUCGGUGUGGUUCUAUACACCGAUCCUGGAAAUGACGGCCCUACGACUGAGGGCAAUGGAUACAAACCAUUUCCUGACGGACCAGCGCGACCGCUCGAGGCAAUCGAGAGAGGAGGUCUUGGUAGCAUCGAUGACUUCAACGGGGGCCAAUUACCUAGUAUUCCCUGCAUACCCAUGUCCGCUGCUGAUGCGAUCCAGCUCUUGAGCAAGUUGAACGGUCAUGGGCCUUCAGCAAAAGAGUUUGGUAAUCUCUGGGAAUUGGGCGGCUUGGGGUACUACGGUGUUGACUAUAAUGUUGGACCAUCGCCUCCUGGACUUUCUCUACACGUCACUAACCACGCGGAUAUCCUGGAUACCCAGAUCCACAACGUUAUUGGCACGAUUACUGGUAGGACAACCGACGAGGUGGUCAUCGUUGGCAACCAUCGCGACGCCUGGGGCCCCGGUGCCGGAGAUCCCGGUAGUGGUUCCGCCGCGUUGAACGAGGUCGUCCGCAGCUUUGGCGAAGCCCUUAAGCAGGGCUGGCGCCCAGAGCGUACCAUAAUCUUCGCAAGUUUUGAAGGGGAGGAGUUUCUUCAAGUCGGCUCCCUCCUCUGGGUCACUAAACAUCUUGACUGGUUGAGAGCUUCGGCUGUCGCAUAUCUCAACGUUGUCGUUGCGGCGUCGGGGAGUCAUUUCCACGCCAAGGCCAGUCCGCUCCUGUACUCAACGGUUCUCUCUGUGACUGACCUCGUACUGUCGCCGAAUCAAACCGCGGCUGGUCAAUCUGUGCGAGAUGUCUGGGGCGGCAAUAUCACUCCUGCCGGCAGCGGCGAUGCAAACCGUUUCAUGUCCAUUCCUUGCGUUUCGACACUUGAUUUUGGCUUCACACCGGCCCUGGGGGAGCCCGUCUUCCCAUACCAUACGGGCUUCGACAGUUUCGAAUGGAUGGACGAAGUCGGUGACCCUGGAUGGAAGUAUCACGUCACUAGUGCGAAGAUGUGGGCUCUCAUGACGGCACACCUCGUAGAGCCAGGGGUGCUGAACAUGAACGUCACAGACUACGCAUUAGCAUUCCAGGGAUGGCUAGAGGAUUUCAAAGACCGCGACUUGUUGUCUCCGAAGGUUGAUCUGACGGUCAUGUUUGACGCAGUCGAGCGACUAUCUAGGGCUGCCAGCCGUUUUGACAGCUUUGCCGGCUCUCUGAGAGAGUCAAAAUGCACUCGGUGGAAGUUCUGGGCUAGAUGCAGGCGGACCCGUACGAUCAGUGGUGUGAACAGAGUUUACAAGGUAUUCGAACGACAGUUUUACUACGGACCGGGCAUAAAUGGACACGCUGACUGGCACCAUGUCGUGUUCACGCCAUCUGCCUGGCAUAACACGCCGUUACCUUUGCCUGGACUUAGCAAGAGCCUACAGAAGCGAGACUGGGAGAACGCUCAGAAAUGGAGAGACAUCAUAGUAGAGAGAAUAGGCAAUGCGGCUUAUUUGUUAGAAGCACAUUUGGAAUACGUAGAUACGCAACAAGGUCCUGGUGUUAUUAGCUGGAUAAGGCAGACUUUCCGACCAUAUUACUAG